CCCAGCAAGAUUGUUCACCAGCGUAAACUAAGUUGACUGCUCAGGAUUCCAAACGAACCUGCAGAAGACCGACUAUGGCGUCCUGGAGAAAUGUUGCCGAGACACGUAGUUAGCCAGCUAGUCAAGCUCCCAGUGAAGGAGAAGAAAGUUAAUAUUCAUAUCUGGCGGAUAGAGGUUGGCUACACGUUGUACAUAUGUAAGAUUCCCUGUGCCAUCAGAGGACCACUAGAGCUUUACAUAGGGGUCUGCUUUCUCUCUUCACUCCAGCAGUAACAACACCGUGAGCUGUUCUCAGGGGUCAUCAGACCACAGAUGACCUCUUGACCUGGUUGCUUAGGAGCACGUCGGAUCAUGGCGACUGCUACAAUGGCUGGGGAGGGGCAGCUCCAAAGGAUUAUCAGAGAUCUGCAUGAUGCUGUGGCAGAACUCACUAAAGAAAAGGAGAAUGGAGAACCAGUUACAGAUGACAGUCCAAACCUGCACAAGUUCUCUUACAAACUAGAGUACCUGCUACAGUUUGACCAGAAGGAGAAGGCUUCAUUUCUGGGCACAAGGAAAGAUUACUGGGACUAUUUUCAUGACUGCCUGGUCAAAGUCAAAGGAGCUAAUGAUGGUAUUCGUUUCGUCAAAUCCGUUCCUGAGCUGAAGACGUCGCUGGGGAAAGGCCGGGCAUUCAUACGCUACUCUCUGGUGCACCAGCGUCUAGCUGACACACUUCAGCAGUGCCUCAUUAACAAGAAGGUCACCAGUGACUGGUAUUAUUCUCGGAGUCCCUUCCUGAAGCCUCAUCUCAGCAUGGACAUUAUUAAUUAUCUCUAUGAGCUCAACGAAGUCCAGUUUGACCUGGCCUCCAGGGGUCACGACCUUGAUUCAGCCUGGCCCACCUUUGCAAGGAGGACUCUGGGUAUGACAAACUCUCCCAGCAGCAUGUGGAAACCACCCAGUCGUAGCACCAGUGUCAACAGCCUGGCCAGCACAUACUCGCAGCAGCCCUCCGAGUUUCCUUGCAGUCCAGAUUUUGGGCAGGGCUUCCUGGGAGACCUUGCUGAGCCUCUGUCUGAGUCUGCCCUCAGCACUGUGGAUGAGCUGCGCCUGGAGCUGGACCAGUCCGAAAUGAAGCAGCGAGAUCUCAUUGAGCACGUCCAGGAACUUGGGGGAGAGGCCAUAGAGCUCCGUGGAGUGGUGGCUGAACUCCAGAGGCAACUGGACAUCGCACUUGCAGCCCAGGCUAACCACCAGGAGCUCCAGCACAAGCUGGAGGCACUGGGGCAGAGGGAAUGGGUCCUAUCCCAAGAGCUGGAUACCCUGAGGGGUCGCGAGGGCAUCAAGGAGGCUGUGCACCGUGAACUUCAGGAAAAGCUGGCCACGGCAGAGAGGAAAAAUGAGGAGCUGAGAGCUAAACUGGAUGGGGUGCUUGAGCAGAAAGGGGAGAGGGUGGCCAGCCAUUUCAACUCAGCCGUGAAGAUCCACGAGCUACUGGAUGGACUGAAGGAAGCGGAGAAAGGGAGGAUGGAAGCGCUAGCAGAUGGAGAAGAGAGGAAGAGGCAGGCCGAACAACUGACCGAGGAGCUUGGAAUGAAGGAGCAGGCCCUGAGGAAUGGAGAGGCGAAAAUGGUUGCUUUAAUGGAGAAGGGGGAAAAGCUGACAAAGCAGACAGAAGACCAACGUAACGUCAUAGAUAAAAUCCAAGCGAUGCUAGUGGUGAGAGAGAAGGAAGCCAACGAUCUUCAGAAACAGCUGCAGGACCUUCAGCAUUCGCUGGAGGCGAUGGAGAAACUGACCGCAGAGGAUAAGAAGCGGACAUCAGAGGAGAGAGAUGAACUGCAGAAAAAGAUUAGCUCUGUAAAAGGAAGUCUGGAAGGGCAACUGCAAAGCUUAAAGUCGCAACUCAAGACCAAAGAAACUGAACAUCUCUCAAACGCCAAGAGGAUCCAGCACCUGGAGGCUGACGCCGAGAGGCUGAGAGGAGAAAGACAGGGCCUGAGCAGGAAUAUGGUACAGCUGGAGACCACCAUAAAAGACAAUGCCAAACAGAUUGAAGAAUACAAGGAGCAGUGUACCAAACUCACAGAGCUGAAGAACAACCUCCUUCAAACAGCCAAGAGGAACGAGGAGACCAAAAAGGAGCUGGUGGAAAGCAAGGCCGCUAUGGAGUGUGAGCUGGCCGGGCUGAGGGCAUCGGAGAAGCAGCUGAAAGGCCAGCUAAGUGAUGCUAAAGUGACAGUGAAUGAACGGGAACAACGGAUGCGGGAGGAGAACCGCAGCCUGGAUGAGCAGCUCCAAAAGGCAAACAUGCGGGACAGCAAGUCUGAGGUUGUAGUCAGUAAACUGGAGCAGGAGAACAGAAAGCUCCGGGAGGAGCAGGCCACCAUCCAGGGUGCUCUCGAAGCCAAGCAGGAAGAGCUACGCGGCAUUAUGGGCCAGAUGGCCGAUGUGGAGAAAAGCCUGGGUGUGGCAAAAUGCACCGAGGCAAACCUCACCUUGCAGCUGAAGGAGCGAGAUUCCCAGCUGGAGGACAGAGAGAAGCAGUGUGAGGAACUCCAGGGGAGAGUGGAGGAACUUGAAGCCCAGCAGAGAGAGCUGGAGUUGGGGAAAGUGCAGGCAGAGAGAGCCUUUGAGAAGCAGAGGGAGAUGAUGGAAAGUCUGGAGGUCCAGAGGAGAGCUGUGGAGAAAGUCCAGCUGGAGUCGAGUGCUUGCCAUGCAAAGGAAGCCCAAGAGAUGGCCUCAAAAGCCACUCUACUAGAGGAGCAGUUGGGGUGGAAUAUGCAGGAGGUGUCCAGGCUCCAGGAGGAAGUGGUGGACUUGAAGGCCAAAUUACACAGUGCUGUGGAGGAGAAGGUGAAGGUCCAGGCCAGGCUGGAUGUCUCCGAUGCAUCUUGUGCUGAACUGCGAACCCUGACAGAACAACUGAAGAAGCAAGCUGAGGAGCUGAACCGGUCCCACGUGAGCGAACUGCUGCAGUCCAAAGAGUGCAUGGAGAAGGUAUCGUCUGAACUGGACACCUUGAGGUCCACUGGGACCAAAACAAUGGCACAGCUCAGUGCAGCUCAGAAACAGGUAGCCGUGCUCAAGACCCAAAACCAGCAAAUAAUGCUAGAGAGCGCCGAGACCCGAGAGGAGCUCCACGGAGCGAACAUGGAAAUGGCAGAGUUGGGAAUGACCGUCUGCCGGCUGAACAUGGAGCGGGAGGAGGCUUCCAAAUGCUGGACAACUGAGGUCACUCGGAUCCAGGAGCUGAACGAGCAGGGCAGACGGCAGAUAGACCUCCUGAAUGCCAGCGUUGUGGCACUGCGGCAGGAGAGUGCCAGUCUGCAAGAGGAACUUCAGCAGACGCAGCAGCUCCCAGAAACAGUGCUGGAGCUGAAGGAGCUUCUGGAUAAAGCCGAGAGGGAGAAGGAGGUUGUGAGGGAAGAAGUCACAGCAGUGAGGUUUCAGAUGAGCACGGAAAAUAUGGCACAUCAGAACCAGGUGAAGAGUUUGUCUGAAGAGCUCGAGGGUUUAAAAACGCAGCUGAGCACAGAAAGAGAGAAGACAUCGAGCCUACAGGCUAAAAUGGCGGAGCUGGAGGGAGUGAACUCAGAGUGCUCUCGUCUGAUGGAGGAGAAAGACUCUCAAAUCACCAAGGCUGAGAGCCUGAUUCAUGAAGGAGAGAAUGAAAUACAGGAAUUGAGACAGAGUGUGAUAAGUACUGAGGAGGCUCUGGCUGUGGCGCAGAGGGAGAGGAAGGAGCUGGUGGAGGACCUGGAGAAGGUUCAAUCAGACGCUCAGGCUCGGGAGUUCAAAAUGGCUGCAGAGAUCGAGGAUCUUGGCUGCAUCAAGAGCAUCCUGGAGGAGAGACUCAUCGAGCUCAUCCGGGAUAAGGACACACUGUGGCAGAGGUCGGACGCUCUGGAGUACAAGCAGAAGCUCAGGGCUGAGGAGGAGUGGUGGCUGGUGGACCGGGAGGCCUCACACUGCCUGGGCUGCCAGAGCCAGUUCAGCUGGUGGCUCCGCAAACAUCACUGCAGGCUGUGUGGCCGGAUCUUUUGCUACUACUGCAGUAAUCAUUUUGUGAUGACGAAGUGUGGGAGUAAGAAGGAGCGCUGCUGUUGGGAGUGCUACACGCAGCACAGCGCUGUGCUGGAGAGAGUCCCCCGUGCCGAGCAGAGCAGUCCCACACGCACGCCAGCGCUGGCAGCGGCCCACGCACAGCCAGGGCCGCCUUCUCCGCUUCCGCCAAGCAAAGGCACGCCCACAGGUGCAUACCAACACACACCAGCAGACCACAGUCAGUCACCACUGUGCAGACCCAAAGUGUUAACUACAGGUGAUGCAGCGACAGAUGAGAGCCUGAAGCAGGAUGAUGGUGUGUUCGACAUCAUCACCGAGGAGGAGGUGAAUGGACUGUACGACCUCGACUCCUUGGCCCAUACCACCGCCGGCAUGCAGGAGGUGGACGGUGAGGGCCAGCCCGCGAGGGACUUAGGCACCUCGGGGGACCAGGCUCCUGAGGAGCAGGAGGAGAUGCCCAUGACCGCACUGGAUGCUGAGAUCAAUCUCCUCAAGUCAGGAGAACUCGCCUCUUCUGUGCAGCUACACAUCGAUGAGAUCCCGCAGUUCGGCAAAGGGUCCCGCGAGCUCUUCGUCAAGUCCAGCUGCUACAGUGCCAUCGCCAUCACCGUUGGCGACCAAGGCCCCACCGUCUGCUGGGUCUUCUCCUCCGAGCCGAAGAGCAUCUCCUUCUGCGUGGUCUUCAGAGAGUCGGUCUGCACUCCUGUGGAGCAGGCCAAGGUUCUGAUCCCUCUGACUCGCUGUAACGCACACAAGGAGAGGAUUCAGGGCCAGCUCAUAGCCAAGAACCCUGGGGUCUACCUCCUCAUCUUUGACAACUCCUUCUCCAGGUUUCUCUCCAAGAAAGUCAACUACCACUUAACCAUCGAGAAGCCAGUCAUCUAUGAUGGAAGUGACUGCCUGUAGGAAUUUUAGUUUAGUUUUGUUUUUGAUGGGGUUGUUUUAAGCUCUCUUUUCUUUUAUUCUAUUUCUGAUGCUUUUAGUCCUAAACUGCGCCCAUGUGUGCCAAGUGUUUUAUGUUCCACAGGGUUUCAAAUAGCCCCUGUACUUUAGCACUAAUACAGUAAUGAGAAGAACCAUUUCUGUACCCUGAAAGGUAUUCACACUGCUGCACAAAUGCAUUAAGCAAGGUUAUAUGUGGUAUCUGUAAUGGAUCAGUAGCCAUUACUAAACAAAUGGCAUAUAACACAGUCAUACAUACUCUACGUGAGAAUAUUUUAUAUAUUGUUUUUACUUUCUGGCAAACCUUUAUGGAUAAAAUAUCUAAAUUUGUGUUGUAUUCAUUGGCACACUACAGAAUAGUAAAUGUCACAUCGUCAGCACUUCAUCCGCUAUUGCUAAUGUGAAUGAAGCCGUGUUUCCAAAUUGUUUUCGACGCAUCCACUAAUAGAUAACAUUUCACACGCACACCAGGAAGAAGCAUUCAGAGUCAUUUGUUGGUCUUUUUAAACUCCAGCCUUGAAUGUAAAUUUAGUAUUGGAGACACUAUCAUUUUCCUUUGACAGCACAUCAAAGGCCUGAUUGUAACAGAGAUGGCUCUCUUUUCCAAUGCUCUGAAUGCUAUGGGAGUCAGGGAGCUAAAAUAAGGUACAACAGUGAGAGUAGACAUGUUCAGCGCUGCAGGAGCUAACCUAGUACACUACUCAGAGAUACCUGCCGUGCCUCUAAUAAGGCAUAACUGAUGAGAAAGCACCUGGGUCAAGUGGUAUUCCAGGGUUAAUUAAUUUCACUAAUAAACAAGCUAUGCAUUACAUACAGAUCCUACUGUUAACAUCACUAAUUGACAUAAAACGGAGUGAAAUGUCUUCCCUCCUCAUAACACUAGUCAACAGUGAUUUUGCUUCACGCUGGAUCCAAAUAUGUUUCCAGACUAUUUCUAUCACCCAUAUUCUUUUUAUUCUAGUAUACUCGCAUGUCAUUAUGUGCAGUAUAGAAAAUUGGUAAGUGGAAAGUACUGCUGCACACUGAAGAGGGGAGGUUCCUGAGGCCAAAUACAGGCCAGCGUCAUGCUUUGUGCAUAUUGAAAGUGUAAUAACAACCUUAUUUAUGAAUAAUUACUAUAUACUUAAUGUAAAUGUAUACUUAAUGGUCUGUCACUUAAAAACCACACAUGAUAAAUGGAUUCUAAAACCAGAUUCCAGUUCAUUGUAAAAACCUUAUAAUGUAUACUAACACCCACCGUCUGUCCGUUACUCACGAUGGGAGAUGAAGUAUUCGUGAUUUAGUGCAUUUUCUCAUCCAGCUUGGUUUCAGUUCUCUUAACUCUUUUCUACUUUUGCUGUUGUAUGUUGUAAUUCUUAGUGAACAGCGUUCGUUUUGCUACUCCACUCUCUGGGUUUAGUUCGGGUUGUAACUGGUCAUUUCUAUGACCAUUUCUGUAUUACGUUACUUCUCUUUACAAUCCAACAAAGCAGAAAUGGCUAAAUUCAUUGCUGCUUUGUACUGUAGCUUUGGUGAUGCAAUCAUUGAUUUAUUUUUCGAUCAUGGACAAUUUGUGCAAUUCUUCUCAUAUUCAUAUAUAUAUAAAAAUGCUGCACUUUAACCUAAAAUGAUUUGAGAACUAUUUUUAGACAAAUCCAUAAGACCUUUAUAAGAGUUGUUCAGGACAUUUUAUAUAAACUGUUGAGUGGGUAAGUCUGAGUUUACUUUAAACAAUGCAGUCACCUUGUGUAGUUGUCACAAGAGAUUGUAAACAUUUUGAAAAAUAUAAUAAAAGUAUAUUACUCCA